CAGAAUGGCACAAGCGACAAAGAGGAUAGGUGCUGAGUAUAGUCAGAUCAGUAAGGAACCAAUUGAAGGUGUCUCUCCAAUUGAACUCGUAAACGAUAACCUCUUUGAAUGGAAAGGUUAUCUUAAAGGUCCUCAAGGUACACCAUAUGAAAGCGGCAAAUUUCACUUUACUCUCACAUAUCCAGAGAACUUUCCAUUCAAAGCACCGACUGUACAAUUCAAGACGAAGAUAUAUCACCCAAACUUUGACCAAGACGGUAAUAUCUGUAUAGGUCUUCUCAAGGCAGAAAGCUGGAAGCCAACUGCGAGGGUAUCACAAAUCUUCCAAUCACUUCUCCAAUUGCUUGCUGAACCUAACCCUGAUGAUCCCCUUGAUGCCGACGCUGCUGAGACAUACAGGACAAACAGAUCAAAGUUCAAUGAGAGCGCAAAGGACUACGUUGAAAGAUACGCAAAGGCAUAAUUAAUACAUUCAUAUCACAUGUAAGACUAUAAUACACUAGCAUAGAAGGU